ACUGUAAUGUAUUUAAAACUUUUUAAAACUUUUUACGCUUCUUAACUUGCAUUGUAAAUAUAACUAUCUAGAUCAAUUACCUUUCGAUUGUAAACUCAGACGGAUGUAUCUGAGUAUUUUAAUAAUGACUAUUAUUAUUAUUAUUAUUAUUAUUAUUAUUAUUAUUAUUAUUAUUAUUAUUAAAUAUCUGAAUUGGAAACAUGCAGUGUGUCAAUUUGGGACAAUACUGUGGAAAUGGUUAGAAGAAUGAACUAGUAUUCUCAAAUGUAUCAAAGUGUUUGUGCACGCGGACAAGCAUUAGUGGCAUUACUCCAUUAGCUUUCAUCAGGGCUUUGCGGUAGGUCAUGGGGUAACCUGAUCAGCAUUUCUGCAUGGGAAAUUACCUGCCAGGGAAAUUACAUCAUGUUCCACAUUUACCGUCUGUCCAAACACACAUACUUCUUAGUAAAAACUUAACAAAAAUAUUACAUAAGCUUAAAAAAUUCAUAUCUCUAUGUCAGUAUAAAUCUUUACCAAAGUACAGUAUAUACUGCAGUGCUAUGUAAGUAGAGACUCUUCUAAGUAGCGCCGGUCCCCAACAGCGGAUAAAACCGAAAGUAAAGCGAAGGGGGACGCUACUUUCCAGAUAUUUUACGGUAUAAUCUAUAUAGUGCACUUCCGGCUUACGAUCUUCUGGGAAAAUGUACAAUGGGAAAAUAUUUCCUUUGAAUUUUGUUGCUGCAAAGAACUCCCUCGCUUCGCUGCACAUUUACCAAGUUUGCGCAAGAAAUUGCAAGGAUUUCCUACGAGUCGUAAUAAGUCUUAGAACUUUCGUUGUUCAAGAAUGUCCUUCUCACCUUCCGAGCAAAGACGUAUUAUUUUGGAGAAGAAUUUACUCGACAAAUACUUCCCUGGACGUGUCUCUCGGCACACCCCUGAUGGCGGAACUGCUUACGUUGAAAUUUUGAUGGUGAGCAAUUCCAACCGACGUUAUACUUUACGAGUCUACAUUUCCGACGAUUUCCCGAAUUCGUGCCCAGAAAUGGUUUUAGUAUCUCCAAAAAGGUUAAAUCUUAAAGAUGGUUCGGUAAUGCCGACUGUAAGUCAUGGGUUUCAUACAAUUGGUACGAAAGAUGACUUUCUAUUGCUGUGUCACUUUAUUCCGAGCAAAUGGACAAACGAGAAUACACUGUAUCAGGUUUUCAUGAAAGGUCGUUUGUGGGUUGAAGCUUAUGAGGGACAUUUAGAUACGGGAAAGGGUAUGGAUGAGUUCUUGAAAACACAAGCUAGAGGUGAAACUGCUGACAGUAGUGGAAACUGUAUACUGAUAUAGGAACUACGUUAGUUUCGAUAUGUUUUACCUGUAAACAGAAUGGUCACCGACAUUGUUAGAAUGUCUUCGUAUAUGUUGGAAGACCUAGUUAAAUUUAUUGUAUAAAUGUUAAAAAUACUAUAUAAUAGGUGUAUGUACAAUCUAGCUGUUUAUAUUUUUAAGUGUUAUGGGGUCACUUCGUUACUGUUUCGUACAAAUGUUGUUAUAAUAUGAUAUACAUCAAACAUAGUAUCUUUAAACUAAUUAUGAAUUACAGUGAGAACUUUUUGUAUCUUUACGACGUUGUAAGUCAUUGAUUUUCAGAAUUUCGCGUGAAAAACUAAAACAUUCUUGGAACUUUAUAUGUAUAUAUUUCGUGAUUGCUACACUUGAUGAGUGAAUGGAAUUCGCGCGUCCUUUCGAUUUGCAACGGACGUAUCAUCUUCCUGGAAUUCGAAGACGCAGAAACAGGAAACAGCGUGAUAUUUAUGGUAAUCAUGUAAACAUAACUAGCACUGCAUGAUAUUCAGCUUGAAUCUGUAAAAGCGAAAGUACUCACUGAUGGGUUUUUAAGUAAACAUUACGAUGAGUAGAGGAUGGUCAACUUCAAGAUUGUUGACACUUUCGGGAGCAAGAAAAUUAAACUCAAUUUCUAGGAAGUUGAACGAACUCAAUUUCUUAUAAAUUCCCCAUUGCCAUUGUGUUGUGUCUGAAAGUUGUCAAACAGGCUCAGAAAUCCUGUUUUUCCAAAAAUAUGCUUGGUUUAAAUACACAGUGAUAUUGUAUCUUGAUCAAUUGAAUUGAUUCUAAAAUACUCUCGUCUGUACUUACAUCUUCUGAUAUAUUACAUGCACCAUCUCGAAUUAUAUUUAUUGAUGGUCACUUAGUUGACUUGCACUUCCGGUUUGGUUUUCUGGGAACAACGUUCGUUUGAAAAGUAAACAGAACUCCUAUCGUACUCUCAUUGCAACAACAGAACAUAGACAUAGUGCCUGGUGGCAUACACACUGAUACCUUGUCUUCGCUUUGGCGGUGCUAUUUAAAAAAUUGGUUUUAAAACAGAGCUGUGCUAUCACAAUUUUAACACCAUAGCUGAAUCGCACUCGCACUUCCGGCUUGGUUUCUGUUUGAAUUCUACAGAAUUCAUAUAGUCGUGCUUGCUGAGAUCUUGUCGUCCGAUCUGGUCGUGCUUUUUGAAAGUGUGGUACUGAACAUUUCGUAUUGUGGCCGGUAUUUACAGCUUUGCAAAGCACAAGCAGACGAAAUAUAUAUGCAAACGCAAAACAGCAAUAAAGCAAUAGUCGAAUGCUUGCAUUGCAUUGUUGGUUCUAGUCAAUACAGCGUAUCAUUCGAAAACCAAAUCUGAAAAGUGUCGUAUUGAAUUGUACAAAUGUCGAGCUGGUCUGGAGAACAGCGAUGUCGCCUGACUGCUGAGAAAGGUAUCCUCGAAGAGUACUUUAAAAGUAAUGUAAAAUGGAUUGAGCCAACCGAUCCAACGAAAGCAAGAGUGGAAGUGAAAAGUAACAGUAACAGUAACAAGGCUUACAAACUCCGUUUGUAUUUGCGCGAAGAUUUUCCCAACUCCUGUCCACAUAUGGCUAUCGUCUACCCAAAAAAUUUAUUUGUAGAAUUGGAAAAGACAAGAGUCCGAUACCUUAUUUUAAGUCCGAAACUUAACAAAAAUAUUAAGCUUAAAAAACUCGUAUCCCUAUGUCAGUCUAAAUCUUUACCAAAGUAUAUACUGUACUAUGUAAGUAGAGACCCUUGUAAGUAGCGCCUCCCCCCCCCCCCCCCCCCCCCAACAGCGGAUAAAACUGAAAGGAAAGCGGGGAUGCUACUUUCCAGAUUUUACGGUAUAAUCUAUAUAGUGCACUUCCGGCUUACGAUCUUCUGAGAAAAUGUACAAUCGACUGGCAACAAAAUAUUUCCUUUGAAUUUUGUUGCUGGAAAGAACUCCCUCACUUCGCUGCACAUUUACCAAGUUUACGCAAGAAAUUGCAAGGAUUUCCUACGAGUCGUAUAAUAAGUCUUAGAACUUUCGCUAUUCAAGAAUGUCCUUCUCGCCCUCCCAGCAAAGACGUAUUAUUUUGGAGAAGAAUUUACUCGACAAAUACUUCCCUGGACGCGUCUCUUGGCACACCCCUGAUAGCGGAGCGGCUUACGUUGAAAUUUUGAUGGUGAGCAAUUCCAACCGACGUUACACUUUACGAGUCUACAUUUCCGACGAUUUCCCGAAUUCAUGCCCACAAAUGGUUUUAGUAUCUCCAAAAAGUUUAAAUCUUAAAGAUGGUUCGGCAAUGCCGACUAUCAGUCAUGAAUUUCAUACAAUUGGUACAAAAGAUGACUUUCUAUUGCUGUGUCACUUUAUUCCGAGCAAAUGGACAAACGAGAAUACACUGUAUCAGGUUUUCAUGAAAGGUCGUUUGUGGAUUGAAGCUUAUGAGGGACAUUUGGAUACAGGAAAGGGUAUGGAUGAGUUCUUGAAAGCACAAAGUCAGAGGAGCUGUGUACUGCAAUAGGGUUCUCAUGAGAAUCAAUAAUAUUACAAAUAUCAUCCUUUAAUUGUUAUAGUACUUAUUCAACUAUACUACUAUGCUUUGCUUUUGGACUGCAAAUAAUACGGUUAGCAUAUAAGCUGUACACAAACUCGUCUAGAAAAAGGUAACAACGGUAUUAGAUUACGAAGAACAUCUUGACAUGUUGUAUUAAGUGGUAUUUUGACAGUGGUAUAUUUUGAUAUAUACUGUAAUAUUAAUUAUUUGACUACAAACAAAGAUUUGGCUUCAACAUUGACUUGAUAUGUUGUCACCGAGAAUGUUAGAAUGUCUUUGUAUAUGUCGUAAGACGUAAUUAAAUUUGUUGGUACAAAUGUAAAAAAUACUAUAUAUAAUAGUUGUACGUGUAACAUAAUAUUUUGUAACUGGUAUGGGAUGUUGGUUUGUGUAUUCAUUUAUAACUUAUAUACUCAUUUAUAGCGGUUUUCAUUAGCAUACAAAUUAAAAUUGUUGCUAGUUCAAGAAAAGAUUUGUCGAUUCUUCACUUUUUUCCCUAGUAUACAAGUCAAAUAUGAUAUGCAUCAAACAUAGUAUCUAUAAACUAAUUAUGAAUUACAGUAAGAACUUUUUGUAUCUUUACGACGUUGUAAGUCAUUGAUUUUCAGAAUUUCGCGUGAAAAACUAAAACAUUCUUGGAACUUUAUAUGUAUAUAUUUCGUGAUUGCUACACUUGCUGAGUGAAUGGAAUUCGCGCGUUCUUUCGAUUUGCAACGGACGUAUCAUCUUCCUGGAAUGCGAAGACGCAGAAACAGGAAACAGCGUGAUAUUUAUGGUAAUCAUGUAAACAUAUAAACUAGCACUGCAUGAUAUUCAGCUUGAAUCUGUAAAAGCGAAAGUACUUAUUGAUGGGUUUUAGUAAACAUUACGAUGAAUAGAGGAUGGUCAACUUCAACGUUGUUGACACUUUUGGGAGCAAGAAAAUUAAACUCAAUUUCUUAUAAAUUCCCCAUUGCCAUCGUGUUGUGUCUGUCUGAAAGUGGUCAAACAGGCUCAGAAAUCCUGUUUUUCCAAAAAUAUGCUUGGUUUAUAUACACAGUGAUAUUGUCUCUUGAUCAAUUGAAUUGAUUCUAAAAUACUCUCGUCUGUACUUACAUCUUCUGGUAUAUUACACCAUCUCGGAUUAUAUUUAUUGAUGCUCACUUAGUUGACUUGCACUUCCGGUUUGGUUUUCUGGGAACGUUCGUUUGAAAAGUAAACAGAAGUUACAGAACUCCUAUCGUACUCUCAUUGCAACAACAGAACAUAGACAUAGUGCCUGGUGGCAUACACACUGAUAUCUUGUAUUUGCUUUGGCAGUGCUAUUUAAAAAUUUGGUUUUAAAACAGAGCUGUACUAUCACAAUUUUAACACCAUAGCUGAACCAGACUCGCACUUCCGGCUUGGUUUCUGUUUGGAUUCUACAGAAUUCAUUUAGUCGUGCUUGCUGAGAUCUUGUUGUCCGAUUUGGUCGUGCUUUUUGAAAGUGUGGUACUGAACAUUUCGUAUUGUGGCCAGUAUUUACAGCCUUGCAAAGCACAAGCAGACGAAAUAUAUAUGCAAACGCAAAACAGCAAUAAAGCAAUAGUCGAAUGCUUGCAUUGCAUUGUUGUUUCUAGUCAAUACAGCGUAUCAUUGGAAAACCAAAUCUGAGAAGUGUCAUAUUGAAUCGUACAAAUGUCGAGCUGGUCUGCAGAACAGCGAUAUCGCCUGGCUACUGAGAAAGGUAUCCUCGAAGAGUACUUUAAAAGUAACGUAAAAUGGAUUGAGCCAACCGAUCCAACGAAAGCAAGAGUCGAAGUGGAAAUGAAAAGUAACAGUAACAAGGCUUACAAACUCCGUUUGUAUUUGCGCGAAGAUUUUCCCAACUCCUGUCCACACAUGGCUAUCGUCGACCCAAAAAAUUUACGUACAAAAGACAAGAGACCGAUACCUUUGCUAGACAAGAGCUUUCACACGCUAGGCCUUACUGUGGAUGGCUUUACAAAGCUAUGUCAUUUCUCGCCUGACCUGUGGACGGCAGAUAUUACACUUUAUAACGUUUUGAUGAAAGGUCGGUUGUGGAUUGAAGCCUACGAAGGCCAUCUUGAGACAGGCAACUUGAUGGAUAUGUAUCUAGGAGAACAACAAGGGACAGUUGAGGGGCAAAACGAGGAGCAAAAUCCUGUAAUAGAUGAAUCAGUUCUCGAGCCUGAACCGAAGCGUGAGCAGGACACAAAGGGUUUCUGUUGCAUAUCUUAGAUUGAAUUAUGCAUUAAUUUUACGUUGAGUAAUGAACGAAAUAGUGUUUCCAAAUUGUAUUGCUGUGAUGCAUGUUUAUAUAUAAUUAUAACUAUCAUAAAAUUCUUUACAGACUUUGAUAUAUAUAACUGUAGUCUAGGGUUACCGCUGAUCACUCUGAAUUAAUUGCCGCAACAACGAAUACUUUAUAAUUGUACAACAUCGCAGAUAUUGUCAUUGAUAUCACUUUUUACAUAAUUGUAACUUCUUGAUAUCAUUUAUCACCAAAAAUUGUAUCUAUACUACAGUAGGGCAGUGUAGUCUAUAAAUUGUAUUAAUAAUUUUAAUUCAAUGAAAGUACUGUAAAUACUUAUGAGAUUGCAUGUAUAUGAGAUUGUUCAGUAAUAAAUCGCGUAUUAGAAAUUUAACUGAGUGAUUUUCUAUGAUUCGAUCUUUCAAUACUUCAGUUGCUUUCAUGAUCUUCGAAUUGGUAAACACACCCACAAACAUUUCAAUAUUUUUUCGACAUUAUUGAGUAUUUAAUUAGCACAUGUUAUUGCAGGCAAAGUUAUGUCUUAAUAUGACUGUCUAAAAUUUACAAUUGAAAUUCAAAAUUUACUGUUGCCACACACCAUCAUAUAAGAACUGUGAAAUAUCAUAUUAGGGAACUUAAGCAUGCAGGCACAGUAUUACAACUUUGCCGAGGAGAGACUGGAUUAAGAACUGUGUUUGUGUCAGUUUGCGAUAGUCUUCAACACAUCUAACAAAAUGUAAGAUUUUUAAACUGUUUUGCUUCCUUAUACACGAGCGCUAAGAUGCAAAAUGCUGCCAAACUGAUUAGUUACAGCAAUUUUUGGGUGACGUCCGUGUUGACAGAGUUGUUAACGAGUCCUAUGUUGCAAGUCAAGUCACAAGUCAUUCCGAGUGGCAAGUCAAUUCAAGUCAGGUCACAAGUCAUUUUAUCGCCACAUGUGGCCAUGUUUUCCCACGGCAAAACGGCAAAAUAUGUAAAUAUGGUGUCGUUAUUUUAUGGCAGAAAUUUUACCACGAAAUCGCGAAAAAAACCGCUUUGUCAGAAAAUACGCUGGCACAAAUUCUGUCGAUGCCAUUGAUAUGUACAAAGGUCGUUUCCCAAAUUGUACAACACGACGAUCGAUCGAUCAACACAAAGAUUUUGGAAAACUUGAUUUUCACUAGAUAUUUACGUUUGACUUGCGUUGGUAACAAGUCAUUUCUUGCACGUCCAAGUCAAGUCACAAGUCAUUUUGUCCAAGUCAAGUCACAAGUCAUCAGUCUCUUUAACAAGUCAAGUCACAAAAAUUGCGACUCGAGUCCAAGUCACACGACUCGAGUCCAAGUCACACGACUCGAGUCUACAACUCUGCGUGUUGACAAAAACGUCGUUUGCUUAAGCUCACUAAUGAAGAAUGACGUUAAUCUAUCUACAUGCAACAUAAAUGUUUAAAUAUACUAUAUUUCCAUACAACUACAAGCAAAUGACAACAAUCAAUAUAUGACAUAUAUGAUACUCUUAUCAUACAAUACUAGGACGUACUGUUACUAUAUCUAAUGCCACUUAUAAUAAUCAGUCAUGCAUACACUAUUUCUAAUCGUUCCUCGUGAAAUGUUGCAAUUAGUUGAUUUUCUUACAUUUUUCACACUGGCACAGUUCCUUUAUCUUAGCAAUCACAUGUUGAGAUGUACAGAAUUCCUGUGAACAUGCUUGCACUGGACUCAAAGGCACCUCUGUGAGUUCUGAGAAGAAUAUUUCCACCAACGUUUUGUUAUUUGAUUGAUCCUCUUUCAACUCGAUCUGCCAUUGUUUACCAUUAUGUUUAAAAUGAAGUACCAAUGAAGACUUUUCAGGAUGUUCUUCAACUGGUAUUUUUUUUAAUUCAAAUUCUUUUUUGAUUUUGUGUUUUAAAGAUUUAAUAAGACUUGAGCUUUGAUCAAUUUUAUCUUGAUGUCCGUUCAUUCGGUUCCCAUGAUAAGUUGCAGUUGCAUUUUCGAUAGAAUUCUCAUUUUUGCUUGCCCCUCCAGGUCCACGGUUCAUAUCAUGUAGUUCUUUUCCAAUCUGGCUUUCGUUACCCACUUUGGGAAGUUCUUGACUAACUUGAUGAACCUCUGAAAUUAAAUCAUUUUCACUUUCGCUUUUGUAUCCAAUAGUCAUGACAGCUUUCAUUCCAGGGUUCCUUUUAUAAAGUUCGUUUCUAAACGGGCUUUCACUUGGCAGUAUUUUCACUUGCAAGCGUCGUCCUUGUCUAAGUGGGUCUUCACUCUUAGAAUGCGAUGCAAACGCUUGCAACGAGCCAGUCCUAUCCGUUUCGCUCACAUCAACAAUAAUAUGUUGUCGUCUGGUCGAUAAUUUAGUUUGAUUUUUUACCAUAUCGUAUAAAUCUGCUGAAUAUGUCUUUGCCACAUACCCAACGCAAUCUAGUCGAUGGGUUUGUGCGUAUUUCUGUUCCGUCUGAUUCGAGACAACCAAAUGAAUAACAACAUUUGAACUGUGCGUCCAUAGACCGUAUAAAUAACAACAUAAACCGUUCUCUAUCGGUUGUUUUUGAUAACUCUUCAACUGUUUCAAUUCAUCGUUGAAGAUAUGCACACACUGGGUUUGUGGUACGUUGAUCGAUGACAUUUCUUGCAAGAGUUGUGUUUAACACUACAUAAGCGAGGAACUGCGAAUUCUCAGACCAAAUCUGAGAUGUUUAUUAUGGCGCUCAUAAAUGACGUAAGAGCAUUGUCCUAAAAUAGAUACGUUACAAGGACAUUGAGUCAAUAUCCAUACUUAAAUUAAUGACAAAACAUUCCAAAUCCUCACUCUAUUUCUAAUCAUAACCCUAAUCCUAUAGCAAAGUUUCCAUAACUGUAAUGUUUGCCUUUGGCAUCGACAAAUGUCUAUACGUAAUCUGCUGGAUUUUGAACAUUAAAACUGUACAGUACUGUAUAUGCAUAUAUUACUCAUUUAUAUAUGCUCCUAUCAGCGGACCACUCUAGUGUUCAGAAAACCUGCUUGAAUCCUAUAAUAUGUCCAAUUGCCUCGAGAAAUGUUUAGUUUGAAAUAUAAGUCAAAUAUUGACUGACGAACGUUAUAUGUGUACAAAUUGGAAACAAUUUCUUACCAAAUUUUGGAAUUUUGCUUUUACCUGAUUUCCGGGAAAUCGUGCUUGUUUCACUUUUAAUUCGUGGAAACAAAAUUUUAAGAAAUGUCAUCUUGUGUAAAAUUUUAGCUUUGCCGGAAGGUUUAAGCAAUCAAACAAACGCAUCAAGCGUGACUUGAUUGCUUUGUCUGCAGAUUAAUUUAGUCCUUUUACCGUAUGUGUUAUCGCUGUAGUUCGCAGAAAAUACACCCAGGUUAAAAACACGUCAGCUAAUACAUUCAACUUAGAAAUGAAAAUUGAGCAACGAUUGCAACAUGAAACUGCAUCUUUCGAUUUUGAUUAUAUUGACCAACAUAUAAGUAAUAUGUGAAAUAAAAUAUUUUCUCACUGUGAUAACUUUAAUUGGUACAUGGACCACUGUCUGCCGUGUACGAAAAUACUAAUGUACAAUCAUGGAAAUGGAAUACAAUCAUGAUUGUAGUGAAACUUACAUCCUCAUGACUUAUAUAAGCAUUCGGUGAUACCCAUGAUCAUUUGCGGGUAAAAGUCGGUGUAUGACAAAUCAUUGCAUUAUGGUAUAGUUGGACGAUGUAGUACAGUGUGCCAAUAUAGUCAUGGGACAAAUGCUUGCUUACCAAGCUGCUAACCAAGCUGCUGCCAUGUGUAACAAUGUAUUAAAGUAUGACUGGCCAAGGUACAGAUAUUCAAAAACCCUUGGCGCAGGAGCUUUUGGCGAAGUCUACCUAGUCCACGAUACGAAGACAAUUGGACGGGUGUAUGCUCUGAAGAAAAUAAAAUGCGGCUCAAAUGAUGAUCUAAACAAUGUGACACAGGAACUGAAAUCUGUGAGCAAAUUAAACGAUCCGAAUAUCAUGGCACUUUACGAUACCCGCUGCAAACAGAAGGAAGAUUUCUCGGCUGAGGUUUACAUGAUAUUUGAGUACUGUCCAGGCGGUACUCUGAGUGAUCGACUACAAAAGCCCAGCACAAAAGCAAUGGAUAUUAAAUGGAUGAGGCAACUGGCAAAGGCUGUAGCUUAUAUACAUGCCUUAGCCCUAGUACAUCGUGAUUUGAAGCCAGAUAACGUCCUCCUGAGCUCAAAGGACAACAUAAAAAUCGGAGAUUUUGGACUAGCACGCGACUUUGUUGCGGCAAAGCGGGAGAAUGAAACGUGGGCGAAUUAUUACAUGUCUGCUGCAUGUGGAACAUUAUUCUACAUGGCUCCAGAAGUGUUCGAGGGUCACUAUACCGAAAAAGGUGAUGUGUUUGCGUUAGGCGUGCUACUUUACGCUAUAGAAGAACGAGAAUGUUUCGAAAUUAACGGAAUGAAAUGUUAUGGAAUUUUCAUUCUACUUCCCGACCAAGAUCGGGCACCAUUGGGCCUACAAAUGCAUAUAGAUAAAACUGGACUGAAAGUGCCUUUCACAAAAUGCAGCCCAAAAUUGGCUCAAAUUAUUGGCUCUGCUUUGCUGUUUGAUCAAAAUAGUCGCGCUGAUGCCGCUACAAUCCAUGGGAAGUUGAACGAAUAUGUGGAAAGCUCAUGAACGAUCCAUUUUAAUUUUGUUUCACAUGAUUCGCAGUUUCAGUUUCGAUUCCUCGAAAACCACUUCACGGGAAAUCCCCUCUGAUUGUUUAAUAAUUAAUAGGGGCUUAAAUAAUGACAAUAAAUGCUGUAUAUCUGUAUCUUAAUAUCAAUCUAUCUAAUUUUUGGUAAAAUCUUCAGCUAUUCAGCAGUAUGUAAUUUUUAGUAAAAUGGUCAGCUGUAUUCAGCAAUUUAAACGAUAUAAUUCCGUAAACUAUAAAUUGUCUAAAUGGAUGACCUUCUGGUAUGCAUGCAUAUAUUAGCGUAUUGUAUAUUACCUGAUAAACAAGAUUAUGUAAAUCUUUUACCAGGAAAUGAUUAUGAAAGUAACAUGACUGAGUUGAACAUUCUUUGGAAAACUUGCGCUUGCUUUGUCCCUUCAGGCAGCAAUUGUUUGCCAUAGUAAUGUCUAUAUAGACUAUAGUACAAUUUCUGUGAAUUUUGUCCCGGGAGAACUAUUGAAGGCUUUUUCGCUCAAUUUUAGUGCAAAUGUAUUUCAUUAUAAUUGCCUGUCAGACUUUCAUGCUUUUGACAGUUGUCCAAAUUGUUUAACUUUGGUACAAGGUAAUCCACUAUACAUGCUUUUUGAAAUUGCUGAGUGGGGGUGGAGGGCGGGGUCCCCCUUCCCCUUGUUUAAGCCAAUGAUACGAACUCUGCGUUCACUUUCCUCUUUAUUUAUGUGUUCAUACCACUAGCUUCGCUUCGACUUCAAUGGCAUAAUAUUCCCCGUUGCACGAUUUCGAUUUGACGUUUUUUUUGCUAUGUGACGCCAUCCUGGAUUGCACACGGCACUUUGUACCUAUGUUUUACCUAUGAAAAACUUCCGUGUGCACUCCAGGAUGGCGUCAUAUGAUUGGCGUAUUUUCACCCAGAUGAUCUUGAUACGCGGAAAAGUACUGGCACUAGUUGUCAAAUAGAAAUCCAUUUUAUGAUUAAAACAACUGAAUAUCUCCUGUAAUAUACUUUAUUUCGAUUCCAUAUUUUUGUCAGAGCUAUAGUUCUCAUAACCAAACAUAAUUACAAAAUUUCAACUAGUUUCAUAAAGAAUAACGAAAGAUAUAAUUGACUGAAUACAUCAAAAUGGAUUUCUAUUCGGACAACCCUUUCUGAGCGCUGAUUGGCUAAAAUACGAACACGAGAUCACCUGGACGUCAGCACGUAAAAAUUUCGGACGAAAUAUCGUCUGAGUGACACUUCUGGUAUAUAUAUAGUAUCUAUUCUGUGAUGUGGAUAUGUUGUGAUUUUGGCACGCAUCAACAAAACUGUUACCGGAAGUAAAGAGAUAGUGUUAAUUAUCGUGGACCAAUCAGAAUACUGCGUUCGCUGGCGAACGCAUUAUUUUUUUCUGUUGGACACGGCUGCAGGCGUUUACGCCUGCUCUGCAGGCUACCUUAUAUAAUAGUGGGUUUAUUAAUACACGUUCAAUAGCAAAAAGCUAAAUUACAACGUGUUUACAUCGUCAGAUAUUAAUUAUAAUUAAUUAGAAUUAUUACUUAUUUAAAACUAUUUACAUCAAUGGACCUAUAUGUAUAUUAAAAUCGUUUAUAUAUAUAUAUAUAUAUAUAUAUAGAAUUGUAUAAAUAUGUAUAUAAAUCUUACUUAUCUAAUUUAAAAUUAUAUUCAUUAAUAGCAUGAACUACAGGGCUGUUUCUAAAACGUUCAGUGUUGCAAAAAAAGUUAAAUCUUUUCGCUAUUUGUCCUAGUCUCUCUUUCCCUAAUGUCAAUUUCUUUGGCAAUAGUCCGUGAAGUCUGUGUGAUGGUUGUAACAUGUCCUCAAUUAAGGAGGCACAUAAAUUGUUUCUGCGUUCUUCUAAGGUCAGCAGAUUGCUCUGAGAUAAUAGAAGUCCAUAAUCACAAAGGCCAGGAUAAAUUAUUCGGAGGGCUCGUUUUUGGAUUCUUUCUAUGUUUUUCUUAUGCAUUUGUGUCAGACCACCACUCCAGAUUUGUGCACCAUACUCUAGAACAGAACGAAUUACUGUACAAUAGAAAGCUAAUAGGUCAUUUUUUGGUGCACCAUAACUCUUUAAAAUCUUCAAGAGGUAAAGUCGCUUAGCGCCUUUUUUUACAAUGUACUCAGUGUUGGUUUUCCAUCUCAUGUCAUCGUCUAUCCAUAUUCCUAACAAUUUAUACGACUUUACACGGGAUAUUUUAUCGUCACCAAUAUUAAUCAGUGGUAUUUCUGUUUUCUUCUUCCGAAAAUCAAUUAGCAUUUCUUUACAUUUUUUUCCAUUCACUGUUCCAUACUCUCAUCCUUUGCAAAUUGCACUACGUUAUUUACACUUCGUUGGGUGUUACCAAUUGGGCUACCAGAUGAAUGUUGAGUUAUGGUAAUGACUUCGGACAAUGUACUAUCAUCAACGAACAUAGCUAUAUCUUGAUCAUCAGAUGCUUCACAUAUCUGUUCCUGCUGAUUAGGUAUAGCGACUUGUGGGAGAUGGUUAAUUUUCAGGAUAAAUGCUACUGGACCCAUGCAGCUUGCUAUUCGAGAAUACCCAUGAUUAUUUGCGGGUAAAAGUGUAUGACAAAUCAUUGCAAAAUAUGGUAGCCAUGGGACAAAUGCUUACUUACCAAACUGCUAACCAAGCUGUUGCCAUGUGUAACAAUGCACUAAAAUAUGACUGGCCAAGAUACAGAUAUUCAAAAACCGUUGGUGCAGGAGAUUUUGGCGAAGUCUAUCUAGUCCACGAUACGAAGACAACUGGACGGGCGUAUGCUCUGAAGAAAAUAAAAUGCGGUUCAAAUGAUGAUCUAAACAAUGUGACACAGGAACUGAAAUGUGUGAGCAAAUUAGACCAUCCGAAUAUCAUGGCACUUUACGAUACCCGCUGCAAACAGAAGGAAGAUUUCUCGGCUGAGGUUUACAUGAUUUUUGAGUACUGUCCAGGCGGUACUCUGAGUGAUCGACUACAAAAGCCCAGCACAAAAGCACUCGAUAUUAAAUGGAUGAGGCAACUGGCAAAGGCUGUAGCUUAUAUACAUGCCUUAGCCCUAGUACAUCGUGAUUUGAAGCCAGAUAACAUUCUCCUGAGCGCAAAGGACAAUAUAAAAAUCGGAGAUUUUGGGCUAGCACGUGACUUUGUUGCGGCAAAACGAGGGAAUGAAACAUGGGCGAAUUAUUACAUGUCUGCAGCAUGUGGACCAUUAUUCUACAUGGCUCCAGAAGUGUUCGAGGGUCACUAUACCGAAAAAGCUGAUGUGUUUGCGUUAGGCGUGCUACUUUACGCUAUAGAAGAACGACAAUGUUUCGAAAUCAACGGAAUGAAAUGUUAUGGAAUUUUCAUUCUACUUCCCGACGAAGAACGGGCACCAUUGGGCCUACAGAUGUAUAUAGAUAAAACUGGACUGAAAGUGCCUUUCACAAAAUGCAGCCCAAAAUUGGCUCAAAUUAUUGGCUCUGCUUUGCUGUUUGAUCAAAAUAGUCGCGCUGAUGCCGCUACAAUCCAUGGGAAAUUGUACGAAUAUGUGGAAAGCUCAUGAUCGAUCCAUUUUAAUUUUGUUUCACAUGAUUCGCAGUUUCUGUUUCGAUUCCUCGAAAACCACUUCACGGGAAAUUCCAUAUGAUUGUUUAAUAAUUAAUAGGGGCUUAACCUCUGACUCCAAAUAAUUACGAAAUUAAAUAAUGACAAAUGCUGUAAAUAUCUGUAUCUUAAUAUCAAUCGUAUCUAUUUUUUGGUAAAAUCUUCAGCUAUUCAGCAGUAUGUAAUUUUUAGUAAAAUGGUCGGCUUAUUCAGCAAUAUGAACGAUAUAAUUGCAUAAACUAUAAAUUGUCUAAAUGGAUGACCUUGUGGUAUGCAUGCAUAUAUUAUAGCGUGUUGUAUUACUUGAUCAACAAGAUUAUGUAAAUCUUUUACCAGGAAAAUGAUUAUGAAAGUAAAAUGACUGAGUUGAAUAUUCCUUGGAAAACUUGCGCUUCCUUUAGCUCUUCAGGCAGCAAUUGUUUGCUAUAGUAAUUGUCUAUAAACUAUACUAAAUAAACAAGUUUAUGCGAAUCUUUUCCCAGGAGAACGAUUGAAGGCAUUUUCGCUCAAUUUUAGUGCAAAUGUUUUUCAAUAUAAUUGCCUGUCAGACUUUCAUGCUUUUGACAGUUGUCCAAAUUGUUUAACUUUGGUACAGGGUAAUCCACUACAGGCUUUUUGAAAUUGCUGAGUGGGGGGUGGAGGGCGAUGCCCCUUUUCCUUGUUUCAGCCAGUGAUACGAAUUCUGCUUUCACUUUCCUUUUUAUUUGUUUAUUCAUACCACCAGCUUCCCUCUUCGAUUUCAACAACAUAAUAUCCCCGUUUCAGUCUUUCAGCUUCUUGGAAUUCAGCAAGCAAUUCUUUUUCAAAAGGAUUUACCAAUUCAUCGCAACUCUACUAUUAUAUUAUCAUGGUCUGAGACUUUAUUGAUUUGACGUGAAAUCUGAUGGAGACAGUUUCGCAGGCUACAUGAUGUAAAGUGGAAGGCAUGUUCUGUGGAACAGUCCGUCGGUCAAUCUAAAAAUUUCAGUUCAUUUGUUCUCUGUGAUUAAGCAUUCCUGACUUAAGUAAACAAGAGUAUAUUUAUUACUUUAUCUCUGACCUUUUCUACAAAUAUACAUAAAUAGUGAAGAGUUAAGGGGAGUGCCUUAAUUGGGUGCCGUCAACCAGAUCUGAAUUCCAUGUAUUUGCUUGUCCUAUGUUAAUUUUGGAUUGCAGACUUUUCUGCAAAACAAAACACUCAUCUAUCUCUGGUUGAAACACAUAUAUAUUUCCAAAGAUCUACAAAGUCAACGAUGUCGUCUCACCAUCUAAGUCAAGUCACAUACACUCGUGAAGCCAAGCUUGGCGAAGGAGCGUUUGGAACGGUGUACAAGGUCAAGGCAUACGCGGGUGAAAAUCGUACGACAUAUGCUGUCAAAGAUAUCAAAUGCACCAAAAACGAAGAUUUGGAUAGCGCCAUAGACGAGAUUCGUGCUCUGGGAAACUUAGUUCAUACAAACAUCAUCAAACUGUACAAUGUCAAAGUUUCUCAGACCGAUCCAUUUCAAGCAACUUUGAGUCUUCUUUUAGAAUACUGUGGCAAAGGGAAUCUAAAUGAUCGACUGAAUAGACCUAGCUCUCGAAGACAGAAUUUCAGUUGGAUGAGGCAAAUUAUUAAUGCUGUCGAGUUCCUACAUAAACAUGAUACCAUACACCGUGAUUUGAAGCCUCAGAAUGUACUCCUAACUUCCAAUCAGGUUAUAAAACUUGCAGAUUUUGGUCUUGCAACACGUUUUGGGCAGAAGAAUGAUAAUCAGAGCUGGUAUAGUUAUUAUAUCGAGCUGGGCAUAGGUCAAGCUUGUUAUGUUGCACCAGAAAUACUCUCACAACGUUACACAUACAAAGUUGAUAUCUUCGCGGUUGGUGUUAUGUUUUAUGCGAUUCUCGAACGAACUUUUCAAGUUGUUAGCGGCGGAAAUGUUUAUGGAGUUUUUGUCGGGAACAGACGACAGCCACUUGGGCUCGAAAUGUUUAACAAGAAAAGUGACGUUGAUUUGCAGUUUACUAGGACAACACCACAAGCUGUUGUACAGCUAUUAAAACGGACACUAAAAUUUGAUUAUAAGCAACGGCCAACUGCUGAAGAGAUUCGAGCAACAUUGGAGCGAAAUUUGCCCUCUAAUUGUGUGAUAUCUUAA